AUGCUCGCUGUUCUAUACAUUACUCUUGUAUACCAGGACCCAUGCCACAGGAACUCGUAUUCCCUCCUCCAGAGGAGCCCUCCAUCCUCUCCCUCCCCUUACCCCACGCAGAAGCUUACCCAGGAGAGCCCAGAGAGUAUGCUCUCGCCCUUAUCCAGCGUAAAGACGCCAUCCAGAAGGAAAUAGAUGUCCUCAAUGACGUCUUGUCCUCACACGGAGCAACGGCCUCAACGUCUUUGCUAGACAACGAAGGCUACCCUCGAGGAGACUUGGAUAUUUAUGCUAUCCGACAUGCCCGUUCUUCGCUUGUUCGCCUUCAAAAUGACCGUCAGACUGUAACAGACCUCCUCGCCACGGCCCUUCACGAUGCCUUUGCCAUUUCCUCUCCAGCAUCAGAGCAGCAGCCCAAUGGCAGUGUGUCCCUACCCUCAAGCCAGGCGAACGGCUAUUCCGCAAGAACCAGAGAAACGCCUUGGCCCGCGAGAGCUAUUGCAAAAGUGAACACUGUGACAGUAAACAGCCCCGCUUCAGAGGCCGGUCUCAAGGCCCAGGAUGUGAUUUAUUCCUUUGCCGGAAUCAACCACACGUCCCCCGGAGGUCUACAAGCCAUUGGAACAGCGGUUGCGCAGUCUGAAGGUAUUCCAUUACCUCUGCUUAUUAUGCGGGGACAAGAGCGUUUGCAAUUGACACUGACACCACGAAGCGGAUGGGGCGGUCGGGGAUCACUUGGCUGCCACAUUCUCCCCGCUUAAAUCACUACCAUAUAGCUGCCUAUAGUCAUGUUGCAUGUAUUCUAGCCAUUUUGGGUCUACACCAACUUUUUCUCCUUU